AUGUCUUUGGGAGUCGAGACCGAGCCAACUUACCCGAACGCUCUGCUCAAACGGCAUUGCUCUCAUUGCUCGCCAUACCCUCCAACGACAUCUCCCUCGAGAGUACUAACCUGUCCUUCAUCUUCUCAGGAUGUAUGGUCGGUGGGGGGACGAUCGCUUCCUCCUCCCCCUCCUCGGUCCUUGGUCUCUUUCUCCUCUUCGUCGUCCUCCUCCUUCCCUCACCCUCUUUAA